ACUCGAAUCGAAUACAUAGAAACGCCAACACAUUUUUGGCCCACUGCCAAUACAAACUGUAGGCAAGCUUAGUAUAAUUUUUUAUUUUUAUUUGAUCACCGUUUAUACCACAACGUUGGUUGAUGAAAAUGCAUCGCUUACACGUUAUUCCAAGAAAGCACAAAGACCAUGACAAAUGCUUGAUCGAGCUGUACAAACCCAAAAAAUUUGUGGCCGAGUCACUGACUUCGGUUUAUUCAAGUCGCACCACAGUUGCUCCCAACGGAAGUAUACACGCCGAUUCCGUCAGAGGCAUCGAGGAUCGCCACCUGACCGUUUCCCCUAAACUGCCCAGCCUCCUGGAGCGCGCUUCCCAGUCGCAGAGCAUGAACCUCUAUGACCUGUCCCAGCAACUCCUGGAUCAGGUGGAUGGCAUCAACUCGGAGAGCGAGUGGUCAGAUGAAAGCGAGAGGAUUCGACGUGGGGAAUUAGUCCCGGGUAUAGUCCGUCGGGGUGAUGAAAGGGCCUUCAAUCUGAAGGAGCGACUGAAGGUUAGGGAGCGAAUGAAGGUAAAGGACGCCGGGUACUACAGUAAAAGAACUCCUCCAAUUCCCACUAUGGAGGUCACAAGCAAGAGGAUCAAAAAAAGAAAUAGGGAGUAUGCUGAAAAUGUGGUCGGACCCCUGAACUCGAAACCAAAUCAUAAGUUGGGACGCAGGAUUCCCGAAAGCUGCGAAUCCCUCUGUGCCGAACCAGUAAUCCUAAUUUCAAAAACGCCUGAAGUCUCGAGAGAUCCGACAACGCUCAACAUGCAGAAAGUCAAAGUGAAGCCACAACCUGUAGAUUCUGAAAAAGAUGUGGACUCCUUCAGAUACUCCGAAAACCCAAAGAAGACCUUCAGGGCAAUCGUUGGAAGAGCAGCUCAGAAUGCUGGCUACCAGAAUCAGGAUGGCUCCAGUGAAGAGGAUCAGAAAGUUCUACUGCAAACUAUUGAAAAUAUCAAUUUGGGAAAAGUACUUAGAAUCCGGGCUGCGCAGCAGUUUCAUUUUAUGCUGGAUCUGAUUGAUGAUCACUACAUCUAUAGCUCGCUGCUGCUGCUGGCCACCUUGGCGUACUUGGUCUACAUCCUGUGGUACGAUAUUAGUGACAAUCUGAACGAGAAAGGUCGGUAUCUGGCCAAAAUGAAAAGCUCUAGACUGCCGAUGAAGUGCUUCUACUAUGUGAUGCGUCUGCUGAGAGCUCCCAUUUUUUGAUGGGCCAGUGAAUUUGAAGAUUUAAACAAAACAUUUUCCACUUUCAUAACAACAGUGCACUCUAUUAUUCAGUUCUAUUUCAAUGGCGAAAUAUUUAUUGUAAAAUAUUUAUAAAUGGAUAUUUUGGCUGUUUUUUCGCUCCCCAACAAAGUGUUGAAUGGGACUCGCGCUCCAACGCCUCUUGCACGCUGCCACGCCCCUCAUUUCCCACCUGGAUCGCCUGGUGCCGGGCUAACAAAUGAAAAACAAAUAUUAAACCGUGUUGUUUUGCCAAAAUAGUAGCAAAAGCCCACACACACACAUGCAGAGACACACACACACACACACACACACACCGGAGCGCACACAGAAUCCGCGGAAAUUGUAAAGUGUUAAAAAUAAUAAAUUAUUUCUGUUAUUCUAA